GUAAAAUACAGUCAGGGACUGGAGUAUGGACAGUGUUGAUAGAUCCAGCACUGACUGGCCAGAGCUGCUCGUUCCUGAUGCAGUCCACAGGAGCACCAAGGCUUAGCCCCUCUUCAGUUCCCAUCCUGCCCCCUCCGGCUUCAGUCUGCCCCACCACGAAGACAUUAAACCCUACACUCAGCACUGCCAAUAUAUCAGAUACAUCCCAGAAGGAACGUGGAAUCCCAGCAUCCACUGCUUCAGUGUCCGGCUCUGUUAGCAUCAGCCGACCCAGGCCUGCUGCCAGAUCUGGGGUAAAAUCCCCCCGAACUGUGGACCCCCCUGCUAUUUUACCCGUUAUUCCAGCAGCAAGCUCUACAUCUCAGACACCUACAGAUAUGCUACAAGGACAUCGCAGUCCACAAAAUUCUCAACUUGGACCAAAAGAUGCUCAGCUAAAUUCAAAUACAAACACCCAGUUCAGCCCCAGCACCAAGCCAAACUCAUUAACGUUCCCUAGUCCUCCUGUACAAGCUGGACGGAGUUCGAGUCUUCUUCCUAAAGCAAGCAGUCAUUCCACUUCUUUUCCACAACCCAACCUCCAGAGCCAAACACCGGAGCCCAUUCUCAUAAGUCCUGGCACUGCAGAAAAAGCGACACACAAGAAGCCGUCCAAUGAAGACGGAGAUUUUAGGAUUCACAUUGUCACGUGGAACGUUGGCUCAGCGAUGCCACCCGAUGACAUCAGCGGGCUGUUCGGCCCGGGAGUCAGUGACGGGAGCACAGACAUGUUUAUUGUUGGGCUGCAGGAAGUGAGCUGUAUGAUUAAUAAGAGGCUGAAGGAUGUGCUCUUCGUAGACCAGUGGAGUGAGCUGUGCAUGGACACACUCGGACGUUUCGGUUACGUGCAGGUGGCAUCUCAAAGGAUGCAGGGAGUUCUGCUGCUGGUUUUCUCCAAGUUUUGCCACUUGCCAUUUCUACGUGGGAUCCAGACCCAAAGCACACGAACCGGCCUCGGUGGCUGCUGGGGGAAUAAGGGUGGAGUGAGUGUGAGGAUGAUGAUGUUCGGUCACCCCAUGUGCUUCCUAAACUGCCACCUGCCGGCUCACAUGCGGAACCUGGAGCAGCGCAUCGAGGACUUUGAGAGCAUCCUGCAGCAGCAGCAAUUCGAAGGCGGUGCUGCCGUGGGUGUGCUGGACCACGAUGUCGUGUUCUGGUUCGGUGACCUGAACUUUCGCAUCGAUGACUACGAUAUCCACGUGGUGAAAAGUGCAAUCGAGAACAAUAAGCUGUCUGUGCUCUGGGAGAAAGAUCAGCUCAACAUUGCAAAAAAGAGCGAGUCUGUGAUGGACGAGUUUAUGGAAGGACCUCUGAAUUUUCCACCAACCUACAAGUUUGAUGUGGGAACGCAUACGUAUGACACAAGUGCUAAGAAAAGGAAACCUGCAUGGACAGACCGAAUCCUGUGGCGUCUCCGCAGGACGGGUUCCCCCGUGCCGUCCCAUAAUGCCGCUCUGCAGCGGGGUCUUACCUCGUGGCUUGGUGGGGCCACACAGGUCACGCAGUGCUUUUACCACAGUCACAUGGGCUACACCGUUAGCGACCACAAACCUGUCUCCGCCCUUUUUUCUCUGCAUUUUCCCUUUAAGCUGGAUCUGCCAUUAGUCAAACUGGAGGUAGAAAAGGAGUGGACCAAAGUGUCGGAUGCGACAACCAAGUUUACUACAGCAUCAGGUUUCCAGAGAAGCUCCUGGGACUGGGUGGGAUUGUACAAGGUGGGCUUCAAACACCACAAGGACUAUGCAGCCUAUGUCUGGGCCAAAUCUGACCAUUCCACUCAGGUGACUUUUCCAGAAGAGGAUUUGCCAAGAGACGCAGGAGAAUACGUGCUGGGUUACUACAGCCACAACACGAACAGCAUUGUGGGAAUUACAGAGCCAUUCCAGGUUCACUUACCUGUCUGUUCCCCUCCUGCCCCACCGUACCCGUCUCACUCAGACAGUUCGGAUGCGAGCUCAGAGGACGACAGCACUCUGGUCCUGUUGGCAUCCAGCUCACGCAGCCCAAGUCCCAGGACAUGCUCCACUAAACGCCAGAAGCAGCACCACCGCAGUCGCAGCCCGGCCGUCCCCGCUCUGCAGUCCCUAAGUCAAAUCCAGAGACUCCCUGUUUCACCCCGCCAGGCCAUGAACACCAGGAAGGAGCGUCUGUUUUCCCCUGAGUCCCCCUCUCUUAGUCCUCUGAGCCCUGCCAAUGGCAUCAGUGUCCCAGAAGCACUUGUUGUUGCCAUCCUGGGGGAACACAGACCACCUCAGGGUCAGAUCCCAGCGAAGAGCGGCGACUCUAACCGAUGACCACGCAAUUUGCUGAUCAAGACUUAUAGAAUGCCAUUACAUAACAGCUACAAUGAGUGAGAGUCGUGUUUUCUUUUUAGACGUAGCACUUACCUGUUGCUGUGUCACACUGCAGUCUGUUUUUUGCGAAAUCAUCUCUUCAAAUCAGUGCCGGUUCAAGCCUUGCUAUUGGGCCUCGUCCUCUCUCAUCACAGUCUGCUGUGCUUUUGAGCUUUUUGAGUAUUAAACGGUAGCUAGCUUCUAAAUGUUUUGGGCAGAGUGCUUUCAAAUGUCUCUCUAGCCGCUGGACAUGUCUGCGAGGUCCAUGCUUUUUGAUUACUUUGUGUGGAGCUAUAGGCUGUUUCUCUUAGAAAAUGCUUUCACCUGGAAUGAUCAGAAUACAUUUGGUUCUGUGUGUCAAAUAUUAACAUGUUCUUAAAUUUAGCAUAUCAGCACGAGUUCAUCCCUCUCGAGAUAAAAAGAAUGGCAUUCACCCAUAUUUCCGGAAAUUUCUAAUUUUUCUCUGAAUAAAAACAUAAUAAAAUCCAUUAAUUCAAAGCA